AUGUCUCGAAUCAUCGUCGGUCUCGUCGCCCUCUCGGGCCUCUUGGGGUCCGGGAGCGCGCAACGCUCCGACAACGGCACCGGGUCCGGCCCCGACAGCGCCACCGUCAAGUGGCUCGGCCGCACGCCGUCCUACAGCGCCGGCACGACCUUUGGCCUCCCGUGGUCCCGCGGCAAGCACUUUAGCAACUCGACCGAGUUCACCGUCUCGGGCGGCGGCGCGCUGCAGACGUGGGUGACGGCGUACUGGUCCGACGGCUCCAUCAAGUGGACGGGCCACGCGAUCCCGGAAUCCGAAUCCAUCCUCGACGAGUACACGGUGAGCGCCUCGUCGUCGUCCAACUCGACGACGCGCUUCUCCCGCGCCAGACGGCAGCAGCAGUCCGGCUCCGGGUCCGGCAUCACCGUGUCCGACUCGGCCGACGCCGUCAGCGUCGACACGGGCAAGCUCGCCGUGACGUUCCCCAAGUCCGGCAGCGCCGUCGUCGGCGAGAUCAAGACGGCCUCGGGCAAGACCAUCGGCCAGAACGGCCGGCUCGUGCUCCACUCGCAGUCCGGCGUCGAGGACCAGGCCGAGCUCCGGGGCCAGCAGGCCGACAUCAAGCACUUCAACUUUGAGAGCAACGUCGAGGAGGUGACGGUCAGCAAGGACAACGUCGCCCGCGCGCUCGUGACGGUGCGCGGGAAGCACGCCGUGCAGGACGGCAGCAGCAGCAGCGGUAGCCACGCCGACUGGCUGCCGUUCGUCCUGCGCUUCUACCUGUACCACAACUCGGAGGCGAUCCGCAUCGUGCACACCGUCAUCUACGACGGCAACGCCGAGGAGGACUUCAUCUCGGGCCUCGGCAUCCGCUUCGAGGUGCCGCUCGAGGGCGAGGAGCAGUACAACCGCCACGUGCGCAUCUCGGGCAUCGACGGCGGCCUCCUGAGCGAGGCCGUCCAGGGCAUCACGGGACUCCGCCGGGACCCGGGCGCCUCGGUCCGCAACGCCCAGUUCGAGGGCGCCGAGCUCGCCGACCCGGCCACGUGGGACCAGAGGGUCACGACGCGCCUGCACUGGAUCCCGACCUGGAGCGACUUCAGCCUCACCCAGCUGUCCCCCGACGGCUUCACCCUCAAGAAGCGCACCAAGGCCGGCCAGAGCUGGGUCAACAUCCCGGGCGGCACCCGCGCCGGCGGGCUCGCGUACCUCGGCGGCGCCACCAAGGGAGGCCUCGCCGUCGGCCUGCGCAACUUCUGGAAGCGCUACCCGACGGGCAUCGACAUCACCAACGCCGCCGCCGAGGACAAGGGCGAGAUCACCAUCUGGAUCUACAGCCCGGCCGCGCCCGCGCUCGACAUCCGGCCCUACCACGACGGCCUCGGCCAGGACACGUACGCCGAGCAGCUCGACGCGCUCGAGAUCACGUACGAGGACUACGAGCCCGGCUUCAACACGCCCUACGGCGUCGCCCGCACCAACGAGAUCUUCGUCUACGGCUUCGAGUCGACGCCGAACCGCACGCUGCUCUCGGACCUGACGGAGCACACCAACAACCCGCCGGUGCUCUACGGCGAGCCCGAGUACCUCGCCGGCACCAAGGCGCUCGGCAACUACUGGUCGCCGCCGGCGCCGUCGCCGCGGUCCGGGGUCGAGGCCGACAUCGAGAAGCACCUCGACUUCCUCUUCCGCUUCUACGAGGAGCAGGUCGAGCAGCGCAAGUGGUACGGCUUCUGGGACCACGGCGACUUCAUCCACGCCUACGACCCGGACCGCCACCAGUGGCGCUACGACGUCGGCGGCUACGCCUGGGACAACUCGGAGCUCUCGCCGGACCUGUUCUUCUGGAACUACUUCCUCCGCACCGGCCGCGAGGACGUCUACCGCUUCGCCGAGGCCCUCGUCCGCCACACGGGCGAGGUCGACGUCUACCACCUCGGCGACCUCAAGGGCCUCGGCACGCGCCACGGCGUCCAGCACUGGGGCGACAGCGCCAAGCAGGCCCGCAUCUCGACGCCGCAGUACCGCAAGGUCUUUUACUUCCUGACCGGCGGCGACGAGCGCACCGGCGAGAUCGUCCAGGAGAUCCUCGACGCCGACAAGACGUACGGCAUCCUCGACCCGAACCGCAAGGUCCGCACCGACGGCUGGGUCCCGACCCCGAACUCGUCCGUCGCCGUCGGCCUCGGCACCGACUGGUCCUCGCUCGCCGCCUCCUGGCUGCUCGAGUGGGAGCGCCGCGGUCCCCGCUGGGAGGAGGCCCGCACCAAGCUGACCAACACGGCCGCCAGCAUCGCCCGCCUCAAGAACGGCUUCGUCACGGGCUCCGGCCUCUACAACCUCGCCGACGGCACCCUCGGACCCCCUCCCUCGGACCCGGACAACAACGGCCUCGUCGCCGUGUCGCACCUCUCGGCCGUCUUCGGCCUCCUCGAGGUCGUCGCCGAGUUCAUCGAGCACGCCGGCGCCGACGUGCCCGAGGGCUUCGAGCAGGCCUGGUACGACUACAGCUACUACUACGGCGCCGGCACCGCCGAGCAGACGGCCCGGUACGGCAAGGGGUUCGGCAACCUGAACCUCAAGCAGGGCCACUCCCGUCUCACGGCGUACGCGGCGCACCGCAACGGCAACGCCACGCUCGCCGCCCGCGCCUGGAACGAGUUCUUCAACACGGACGGCCUCAAGCAGACGUCGCCCUGGUCCACCGUCCGCUUCAACGGCAGCGAGGUGCUGGCGCCCAUCGACGAGGCGGCCUGGAUCUCGACCAACGACGCCGCCCUGUACGGCCUGGCCGCCAUCAUCAACCUGGCCCUGGUGGGGGAUUCUCUUGCGUAA